UGUACAGUUGGAAUGGGCCAGGAUGUAAACCUCCACGUGGAAGCAAUGACAAUACAUAGGUUGACGUAAUCUCUAUAAGAAUACAAAGCGUGCGAUAUAAGGCACGACUGCCAGUUGUCAGGACGCUAGGACCCAGAGCACAACUGCAUUACUGCUAUCACAGAAACUGCUGUAUGUAUCUAAAAGACGACUACUGCACCGUGUGAACUUUAGCAUAUUGUCAAAGUUCGAGUCACUUACCAUAUUUUAAUAGACAGGAACAAUGGGGCUGUAUAUGGGAAAGCUCAUCGCAAAAUUGUAUGGACAACAAGAAGUCAGGAUUCUCAUGUUAGGACUAGACUGUGCCGGCAAAACCACAAUCUUAUACAGACUCAUGAAAUCAGGACUGGGGGAAGUUAGAGACUGCACGGCAUGCGCACACAGCACAUCACUGGGGUUUAACGUGGAGACGAUUGAAUACAAGAACGUCAAGUUCACAUCUUGGGACGUCGGUGGGCGUGACAAAGCCAGGCCUCUCUGGCGCCACUAUUACCCGAACACGGACGCCAUCAUCUUCGUGUUGGACAGCAGCGACAGAGAGAGGCUACCGGAAAUGCGGGAGGAGAUAGGAAGGUACCUACAUGAGGAUGAACUGCGAGACUCCCUCUUUCUGAUUCUUGCCAACAAACAGGACCUGCCGAAUGCACUACCUCCAGACGUCAUAAGAGAGAAACUUGAGCUGGACACACUGUUGAGAGGCCGUCAAUGGCACCUUCAGCCAGCCUCUGCCAGAGAGGGACAGGGUCUGUAUGAGGGUCUGGACUGGCUGACCGCCAAACUUGCAAAUAAAGAGGCACACAAGUACGUCACGCAGUCGGUCGUGGAGGCGAGGACUGACGCCGAGGCGCUGACCAAGUCCAACCCCAUCAAAUCUGUAGUGAGGUACUUCAAGUCCUGGUGGAGCAACGUGGGACAGGCAAUGGCUACGUGAAUUCAGUUUGCUGGAUAGCUUGUGCAUGUUUGGACAUC